CUUACAGUUUACUGCAGGGAUGUGCUGUCACGGCUUGAGGAAGUGAAGGCUUAUAUCACGUCAACAUUUGGGAGUGUACUGAAGAUUGAUUCCACAAAGAAGGUAAGAUAUUAUAAACAGAUAAAUUACCAAGUCACCUUAAGCCUUUAUAUCAAUAGUAAUCUUUGUUUGGAAACACCGACAUAUCACGAAUAUGGCAUAUCAAGUACCCCGGAUAGUAGCCCCCCCCCUGCCCAGCUCAAAAAAUAUUCCUCUUGUUACUCAAGCAAUUGUUAUAAUAAUUACUGUAUCGGUUAUCUUUUUCAACUUUGUACUAGGUUACUAAAAAGCUUGCUGGUGCUGCUGCUGGAACAGCUGCUUGGGUCACCAACAUUGGAAAUGAAUUUGGCCAAGUUCUUAACAGCGUCUUAACAGCAAGUGAGGGAAGUGGGCUCCGCCCUAUGGCAACUGGGAUCAUCCGUCGCUAUGAGGUGGCUGGCGUUCCCCCACCAGUACUUCUAUACACAGAUCGU